CCUUCCUCUCCUUUCUCCCCACGUAUAUCUAAACUCGCUAUCAAUUAGGCGAUAUUUUAUGGGCUCGAAGCCUGCCCAUUGUAGAAAGAUCUUCGCUUUCGUUUCUUUCAACGUCACGACCUGAGAAGCUAUAAGGGCGACCAGAUAUCACCAAAUCCGAUCUUUGACUGGGUCACCGUCCCCUUUUCUGGCCAAUCUUAAUUUUCUCUCUCUUUCAAAACCUCUUGUUUUUAUCAUCAACUAUACAGAGAAUGUAUGUAAAAGCGGUUCCACCGACGGAUUUGAAUAGGAACACCGAGUGGUUCACGUACCCAGGUGUAUGGACUACCUAUAUCCUCAUGGUUUUAAUGUCUUGGCUUAUCGUUCUUUCCCUCUUUGGUUGCUCUCAUGGCAUGGCCUGGACCAUUGUCCACCUCGCUCAUUUCCUUAUUACCUAUCAUUUCUUUCACUGGAAGAAAGGAACUCCAUUUGCUGAUGACCAGGGCAUCUACAAUGGGUUGACUUGGUGGGAGCAGAUAGAAAAUGGCAAGCAACUGACUCGCAAUAGGAAGUUUUUGACUGUUGCACCUGUAGUGUUGUACUUGAUAGCUUCACACACAACAGAUUAUCAAAAUCCAAUGUUGUUCUUCAACACAUUGGCAGUAUUCGUAUUGGUGGUAGCUAAGUUCCCUCACAUGCACAAGGUUCGAAUAUUCGGAAUCAAUGCUGAUCAGUGAAAUACAAAAAUCUUCAUGUUUGAUCUAGUCGCGACUAGAUUCAACUCUUUGGCAUUCUGAUGCAACGACAUUAUCCCUGUACAGAUACUGAACUGUGAAGGGUUAUCACUUAUCACUAUUUGUUCAUUAUGAAGCAAAUAUAUAUACGCCCUCAAUUACAUGCGGAUGGUCAAUAUAAUUUCUCUUUCACCUCCUGCUUCUGCUGCUCCUUCUUCUCUUCCCUUGAACGCUUUUCUGUGUUGUAUAUCUAUUUCUUGUUUCGAGGCAAUAUAAUCUAUUUUACUGCUA